AUGCAGCUGUUCCCCAUGCGCGCCGGCACGUCGCAGCCGUCCCAUGACGACCACGCGGAGGCGCAGGCCAAUUGCAAGGCAGCACUGACCAUGUUCUACGAGGGCCGGGUGCUCGUGUUCGAGGACUUCCCGGCCGACAAGGCCAAGGAGCCGAUGCAGAUGGCCGGCUCGGGGUCCUCGCUGUCGGCGGCUCUUAAUAACAAGGGCGCCCCAGUGGUGCGCGUGACAGCAGAGAAGCCGGCAGCCACCGAGCCAUCGGCAGAAUGA